CACCGACCGUCUCUUCCUCCCGACGCCGACAAAGAAGCUGCUUCACCGAGUGAAAAAACGAACAACAGUGAAAGGGAACUCGGUGGUAAUCUCUGUGACCCAGGGAAAAGUCCCGUACAGGGGAGUUUGGCGAGUAGCACAGAUUCCGGACAAGAGGGCUCCCGGGUGCCUAAACAAGAACAAAGAGAGGGGGUGAACGUGUCCUCCACAUUGCCUACCGAGCGCGCUAAGACCUCGGAGAAAGCCGAGCACGGCACCAAGAGACGGGCCAGCGUGGAAAUGACCUCGUCGGAUGGAGAGCCGCUCAGUCGGAUGGACUCAGAAGACAGUAUUAGCAGCACGCUGAUGGACAUGGAGAGCACAGCAUCCAGCGGGCGCUCCACCCCGGCCAUGAUCAAUGGUCACAGCGGGGGAGCGGUGGCGGGGAGCGGCUCAGCGCCAACGGGGGGCAAGUCUCUGAACUACACAUGCUGCUGGGAUCACUGCCAGCUGCUGUUCCCCAGCAGCCCCGACCUGGCUGAGCACAUCAGAGCCACACAUGUGGACGCACAGAGAGGAGGGGUGUUUGUGUGUCUGUGGAAAGGCUGUAAAGUGUACAACAAACCAUCCACCAGUCAGAGCUGGCUGCAGAGACACACGCUGACCCACAGUGGGGACAAACCAUUCAAGUGUGUGGUGGGCGGUUGCAACGCCACGUUUGCCUCUCAGGGGGGGCUGGCACGUCACGUCCCCACUCACUUCAGCUCACAGGGCUCAUCCAAAGUGUCCAGUCAGGGCAAACUGAAGGAAGAGUCUCCGUCCAAGGCCGGCCUCAACAAGAGGAGGAAACUCAAGAACAAACACCGACGCUCGCUCCCCCGACCUCAUGACUUCUUUGACGCUCAGACCAUGGAUGCCAUUCGCCAUCGAGCCAUCUGCCUCAACCUGGCAACACACAUCGAGAGCCUGGGCAACGGACACAGUGUGGUCUUCCACAGCACGGUAAUAGCCAGGAGGAAGGAGAACUCUGGGAAAGUGAAGGUUCUGUUGCACUGGACACCUGAAGACAUACUGCCAGAUGUAUGGGUGAAUGAGAGCGACCGACUGCAGCAGAAGACUAAGGUGGUUCAUCUGUCGAAGCUGCCCACAGACACAGCUGUGCUCCUCGACCCCAACAUCUACAGGAUGUUCUUCUAACACCUCCAGGGAGGCCCCGACGUCACUUCCUGCUAAUCCAACUUGGGGAGAAGAACGUGUCCUUGUCCUUCUGUCUCCUUCUCUGCGUUGUUCUUCUCCUCCUCCUCCCUCUCCCAGAGGAUGCUGGGAGUAUAGUGACUUAACUGUCAUGGCUGUCUGAGGCCUCCAGUGUUUUCUCCAUUAGGUGCUGAGUAUACUGAAGAUGUGUAGAUGUUAUUGCUUGUUUUAGGUAACACAACUAGACUGAAAACUAACUGACAACGCUGUAAUUGUAGACAUGUGUAGAGAGAAACGGUCUUUGUAAAUACUUAAGAUUUGUAAUAUAUUUUUACACUGAAUUUUUUUUACUGUACUGUAGAUAGAUGUCACUUUCAACCAGAUGUCUUAAAGACUUGUUGGUAACGUGCAUAUAGCUGGCAUUGAUCUGGUUUGAUGUCAUUAAACUUUUCCAACCUCCAA